AUGGCGGGUAAACAGCUGAAAGCCUCUGCCAAGAGCAAGAAGAAAGCCCCAGAUUCGCCCCCCUCGACAUCCAGACCAAAGAACAUGAGAAAGUCCCCAACAAAAGCCAAAAGCUCCAGCCCGGGCCGCAAUAAGAAUAGAGGUUCAGCUAAACCGUUGACAAACGCUAAUCGAGACUCGAUUGCUGCAGAGCGAGUUCGGGCCCUGGAGGAAGAAAUCAAGACUCUGAAGGAACGAUACAAGGCUCUGAAGACCGUCUUCUUCGAGGAUAACAACAACAUGUACGCCGACCGAUACCUCAAGACAGAUAAUGAAGUAAAGAGACGAGAGGUUCAAUGGACGUCAUGCGUUCCGCACCAAUGGUCGGAUGCUAUCGACGAUGUCUUUAUCUCCGCCGAAAACUGGGCAGGCAAUCACAUCAAUGAUGACCCUAGUAGGCUCUCCCCUCAGCAGAAGAGGGAGCUUAUUUCUCGACUAGACGGUUACUGCGUACAGGAUGAGCUUGAUGUCAUUGCAUCCAGCCUCCCCAAAAUUCCACGUGACGCUUUUCUAGAAACAAUGGUGAAGCUUCUUCUUGUCAAAGAGUGCAUUUCCCGAUUCUUCACGAAUCCCUUUUGGUAUCUUGUCCCGAAUCCUGGUACUAAAGAGAACCCAAAGAUGGAUACAACUGGCUUUGGAGCCCAGGUCUUUGCUCUAUAUGAGAAUAUUCGCGCCUUUGACCCAUCUGCUGCCCACCCCUGGAGGUUAUGGACGACCCGUUUUUCCAACCCAAGCGACGAGUUCGGCAAAGCUAUGGUCGCUCAACGAAAGCGUAUUGUCGAUAAAAUAUGUGAAGAUUUUUUGGAUCAAGACCUGCUGAAGUUCCUUUUGAAGAAUUCCGAGGAAACUGGUUUCCAUGAUGCCCUUGUCCACUUGCAGAAGUGCUUCAACGAUGCCGCACAGACCUCUGUGAUACUCGCAUCGCAUCUCAAAAAUCUAGAGCUGGAAACACUUAACAGAAUAGGUAGCGCGUAUUCCUCAGACAAAAUGAAGCUGGCUCAUUAUUAUGAUUCGGAACGGAGGGAAGACGAACUUGAAGGUAGUCGCAUCCUUUUCAUUGAUUUCCCUGCUGUUUAUAUUUGUGAUGGUCGUAAGGAUUCAUCUUGCAGGACGCUUGGCCACCCAGCCGUUGUCUAUGUUGAGGAUAAUGAUGUGGAUGAUUCCAACAGCUCUUGA